CUUGCAACUCCGCUCGGAUCAAAUUGCGAUCUCAGACGUUGGGACGGUAACGAGAUAUCCGCUUGUUGCUUCCAGCAAUGAAAUAUCGUCAAAUGAAGGCGUUGGCCCGAUCGCUGUGUGAUGGCGGACAACGACUAUGAAUACCGCAUUGGAGAUCGUUGUGGCAUCGACGGAUGCCGCUCCCGUAGAUAUCGGACCAACGAAUCAGGUUUUGAGGAAUGUGCUCGAGGCCACCAACAUGAUCUUGUGCGCGGAGACGCUGGGAAUGAUGAGGAUGAGUUUGGCAUCAAUCUUCAUGGGAAGCGUUUUAGAAAGCACGUCGAAAAAGUGAAAGUUCUCAAACAUUUGAGAGGCAAAGAUGCGUUUGAGUUGUACCUUUUAUGCUAUCAGAUGAUUCUGCGGAAGCAAGCUUGGUGGUUCGUUCACGAGAAAAAACUGCCUCAGAAGUUCGAGACUGUCGUUCAUGAUUUAUGGGCAUUACGACUGCAGAAUCUACGAACCCGUCUUAAGUUCGAAAGCGACCCUGGAACGGCGACGGAGUCUGGCGGAGAACAUGAGGAAUCUGACAACAUGUUCGGUACGCAAGAUUUCGAGAAGACAGAUGACCAUGCCAACUUCCCAUCUGUUAAGCGUGCUGCGAGGUCCGAAAGUACUCCAAACCUGCUUCAAACACUUGCAAUGAUGUACAUGGCAACGCAAAUCUUGCGCCUGCCUAUCUUUCUCGGAGACAUCAUAGCAUGGGUCGAGUCGGGUUCGCUGUUGUAUUACGAUGCGAUCGCGGAAUUGCCACGUGAAAUGAUCGACCGACUCGUUUCCAACUAUCAGAAUCAGUUUCAGCCAAAGAUACGCUUGGCUGCGGGCAGCUUGCUGUCCGAGUUCAGGAGAAUGUUGUUAUUGUACAACAAAGACUUCGGAUUGGUCAUGCCAGCCCUGAACGUCCCACCGGCACUUCUCCGCCUAAUCGAAAAAUUGGCGCUUCCGCUUGAGGUAUACUAUGCUGUGAGACGACUUGCGAAAUACAUGAAGCUGGAUUUCACUUACCCUCCAGUAACGAAACACCAUAUCAACGUAUUUGAUUUCCCCGAGGCACAGAUCCUUGUGUGUAUUGUCAUAACUCUCAAGAUUUAUUACGGAAUCGAUGGAAAGAAUCGAAUUCCCACCUCGGACACAAAUCCAGCCGCAGCAAUUAUUGAUUGGGAUCAAUGGGAGCGGCUCAUGAAGGAACACGAGCCCCUCGAGCACGACGAAGCCAUGCGAAUGGUUGAUCGAGACGUUAUUAAUUUGCCGAAUGCAAAAAUAGAUGAUUAUCUUGACUUCUUUCAAGAGAACUUCGUGGUUCAAGACCCUCAAGAUCGGAAAAUAGAUGCUGAGUAUCAAAGGUCGAUGCUAAACCUCUUUCCGAUAGUCGCACGCUCGGACAACCAACCCGAUAGACAUGACAAAGUUUCAACGCGCAAAGUAGAGUAUAUACAAGCCAUGCAAGGGGCACUGCGUCCAAAUCUGAUUAUCGAUGCUGAGAACAAACAUGAUCUGCACAAGAAAAUUAUCCGCCCCGGAGAGCAAUAUACUACGACUCGAAACAUGUACCAGGAGACCGGAUAUACAAGGACGCUCCUAAGGGCCCUUGCUCAUGUUUCUGGACUACCUUUUAAAAGCGUUGCAAGGGCUGUUGUGCAUGGCGAACAGCUCUUGGUCAAACUGAGGGCUGGGAAGCGGAGUCGAGGAAGGCCACGCAGGAAACAUCUCAGUCGGGAGCAAUCGAUAACGGCAGACGCGAUGAGUGAUGUGUUGUCAGUAAUAAGCGGGGUGUCCGGCUAUGAGGGUGCUGGUGAAGGGACUGUCAAUAGCGAAGAGGACGCAACUGAAUGAGCUGCAACACGGGCAAAGGAGAACCGAGUGUUGAGACAAAGGUUUUAAUAUAACAUGGGACGCGAAAGCGUCGGGCUUACACAUAGAUAGCUACACGACCGAUGCACUUCGAGCGGCAGAUCUAGUGUUAUUGAAAAAUAUCUCAAGAUCUGAAAGGCCGUUACCUGGUAUCAGGUGCUCUGAUCUGGUUUACUGUCAUUCGAGAAUCAGCGGGAGUGUAGAGCGCCGGAUCUUAUUGAAUUGAAGAAUAUCAUGCUACGAAAAGGUUUCAAAAUCAAUAC